ACGUGACACGGAGAUAGUAUACGGAUUCCACGUGUAGCGUGAACGGAGCCGCGAUUUUGGCGGGUCAGUCGUGCGGUUGUAGAUAAAGUGGUUGAUAAGGAAAGAGGCGUUGUUGUUGUCUUGUUUGUUGUUGUCGAUAUCAUUCUCUGUGUGGUUGAAAACUAUGGUGGAUGCGUUGUCGACGGGCCUGCCAGUGGCGGCCGAGCAUCUGCAGGUUCUGCAGCGACUGAAGCAACUGACGGCGUGGCAACAGGCACAGCAAGAGAGGCUGAGGGCUCACCAGCAAGAACAGAUCGCCAAACUCCGCGGAAACGUCGACCCCGAGCCUUCCCGACUGCUAUCCGAGCUCCGUGGACCUCCACUGCGUGUUAGUCCAGGUCCACUGCCUGGAGAACAGGGCUGGGGUGGUCUCGUGGGAGAGAGGGAAGAUGUUGGGGAGGGAGUGAGGGAGGAGGAGCUGGUGAGGGGAGAAGGGGAGAGAGGGAGUGUGUGUGACAGUGGCUGGGGACUGGCGGACAUGACAGUGAGGAGGAGAGGAGCUCAGAGGUGGUGACUGCAGGGGAAGACAGACCCAUUCAACCUGGAGUUGGCAAAGGGGACACGUUUGAGGAUAUGCUGGAGAGAAAGCUGAGACUUCACUCUGAACAGCAGGUAUAUACUGUGUAGGGUAGGUGGGGUAAAGGAAGUGAUUGUACUGUACAUGCUGUGGUAAUCUUUAAUUAUCUCCACCUGUAGAGUGAGACAUCUCCUGGGCGGAGUCUCCACAACAAGCCACGCCUAUUCCUGAGACGAAGGGAGGGGUUGACUAGAUAUGGUAGAGGUCAGAGUUCACCGAUGAGACCAGUCAAAUCGGUUGUGAAAGCGAGGAAGUCAUCGGGGAAGACCCGUCCAGUGAUCCCUCCCUCCUCUGUCAGACCAGGUCCCACAGACCCGGGGAGUCGUCAUCCUCUUGGCAGUCGGUUCUCUAGUGACGAGUCGUUCAUCAUACGAGGCUCUCAGAGAGUCCAGCAAGAAGAAGCAGAGCUGGUGGAGUUUGAGGAACUGGAGAAGGCAGCGUUUGACACGUCCUGCUUCUCCCAAUGUUCUCUGGUGACGACCCUGGUGGGCGGGGAAAGGGGCAGAGUUUCCAGUGAGGAGAAAGAGGAGGGAGAGGAGGAAGAUUUGGACAAAACACUCACUCCCUCCCAGACGAAAGUGGGGGACGAUAGAGAGCAGGAAGCAGAAGGAGAGAGGGGAGGGAAAGAGGGAGUGAAGUCACUGGUGGAGCUGGAGCAACAGAAGUCUCUGGCAGCUGGUCUGGUGUUCAGUGACGACGAGGAGUGGGAGAGUUUCAGCCACACCCCCACCCUCCCGAGAGAAGAAGAGGAGGGGAGCUGUCCUCCCUCCCCCUGGACUUCUCCAGGAAGACAACAGUGUGCCUCCAGCAGCACUCCUCUCCCCCUCUCCCCUCCCCACCCCCUCACUCCUCCCCACCACCUCAACUGCCUGUCUCCCAACACUCUGAGGACGAAAUCGACCACAGCUGUGAAACCACACCCCCUCCAUCUGAAGCCACACCCCCUCGCUCCACUCUUACAACUCGUCUCUUCCCUCGCACUCAGACAAGACAAGAAGCAGCACAAGUCGCAACCUGUUGUGGGAAGACCACGCCCCCUGAAGCCACACACCCCUCGUUACCCUAGGGAGGCAGAGGUGAAGGAGAGACUGAAUCAACUGGAGACGGAAAUAGAGCGGUUUCGAAGUCUCAACUCGAGACUGGAGCAACAGACACGGGAAAAAGAGGAGAGUCUGAGUCACCUGAGGAGAGAGCUGUCAGAGUUCCAGGAACAGAUGAAGAGAGAGACGGAGCAGUUUGAGAACUACAAGAGACAGGAGACCAAGAAACUGAGGAGAGAGAGGAGAGUGUUUGAGACGUAUGUCCAGGAGACUAGGGCUGGGCAAGAGAGGAGAGACAGAGAGGAAAUCGAGGGUCUCAAAUCAGAGGUCCAGCGGCUGGAGGAAGAGAUGAGGGAGAGAGAGGAGAGGUGGAGGGCGGCACUGGCCAGGCAGAGAACGAGGGCGGAGUCUCUGGAGGCCCAGAACAGGGAGCUGCAGUCUGACCUACGGAUGAUGGAGAGAGAGAGACUCGUCUGGUGGCAGGAACAGUUAGAGAGGAAAGGGCAGAGCCCCCCACCCCCUCCUCCAUCCAGCAACCCUCCACUCGUUCAGCCUCCUACCUCCAGCUCACUCCCUGCCAGAGAGAGAGGUGUGAAGAGAGGCAGUGGCAGGCCAGACAGAAGACCUCCCAGAAGAGACAAGAGGGGAACAAGUCCUCCGCAGGGAUCUCGAGUUACCACCAGUGAGGCUGGCAACGUCGGAGCUGGAAGAAUUGAUUCUAAGACCAGUGGAGCCAAAAGAGAUGUAGCUGGAGACUGUGGCACUGGUACAAAUGGAGUUGGAAACAACGGAACUAAGGCUGGAAGCAGCGAGAAUGGUUCUAUGGGCAGUGGAGCUCUGUCUAAGACCAGUAAAGAUAGUACAAGUGGAGCUAAAAGUGUAUCUGGUGAGGGAAGAGUGGAGGAUACGACCUGUGAUAUUGUGGACGUGAUUUCUCGCGACCUUUCCCCUCCUUGGAGUGACAGCGAGACCGGCGGCUCCGACGUGUCUGCUCUGGCAGAUGACAUCGUGGACUGUGUCGUUGGGCCUCGUGUGAGUGGGUGGAGUCAAAGGGCGGGGCUAGAGAAAGGUCAGAGUCCACCACCAGAGAAGGAACUGAAGAGUGGUAAAAGUGUGAGGUUUGCUCUUGAGCUAAGAGAGAAGGAGGAAGAGGAGAGAGAGGGAAGAGAGAGGGAGGAGGAGGUGGAGGUGCAAGAAGAUGGGUCGAGGAUUGUGGUGUGUGCCAAUGGUACCAGGAAAGUGGUGAGCAGUGAUGGCAGGUCAGUGAGUCUCACCUUCACCAACGGAGACACAAAACACAUCAAACCUGACGGAACAGUGGUGUACUGCUACAGCCAGUCCCAGACCGCUCACAUCACUCAUCCUGAUGGUCUGGAGGAGAUACAUUUCCCCAAUCACCAGUCAGAGAAGGUGUAUCCAGACGGAAGAAGAGAGGUUAGGUUUCCAGACGGCACUGUGAAGACAGUCCAACCAAGUGGAGAGGAAGAGAGCUUGUUUUCUGACGGUACCGUCCAGAGACAGCUGGUGGACGGGAGCCGGGAGAUACACUAUCCUAAUGGACAGAGGGAGACACACACACAGGAUUUCAAGAGGAGGGAGUAUCCAGAUGGGACAGUGAAGACGGUGUUUCCAGACGGCAGACAAGAGACCAGUUAUGCCUCAGGGAGACUAAGAGUUAAGGACAGCAGAGGACAUGUACUAGUGGACUCUUGGCAGCAACAGAACCUGAUCUCCUAGCACUUCUCAUACUGUCUGUUGGCCUCAUGUGUUGCCUGUGUCUUGUACAUAAUUGUGAAUGUAUGGCUGUAAUGGUUCAUGGUAGUGAGCUAAGUGUUCCAUUGACAAUGUAUGGCAGUUUCAUUGAUUCCACUUAGCAACAUUCAUUUUCAUUAUAGUGGUGGUAAUUGGAGAGUGAAUCAACACACAAUAAGAUGUGAAAGUUUCAGUUAGUUUAUUAUAAUAUUAUGACAAUCAACACCAGUUCUCUC